AUGACUGCGAUACGAGGAGACUCGAUGCUUCUGCUCUUGCCGUUCCAAGUUCUGCGAAGGGUGAUGGACGAGCCGGCUGUGACCGGACCUAUGCUUUACAUCCUUACACGUGGGCCAGCCCAUAUUCGCGAACGUCUCCUUCAACCGUUCCGCAACAAUUUUCUAGCAAAGAACGGCGCAGCACGAACUACGGUCAUCAUCAAUCUUCUGAAAGUCUAUUUCGCGAUUGGAGUCUUCCGUCGCAUUAGUAAAGCAUUGAAUUGCCUCGCGUUAAACGGCUGGGCACUGACACGGCAAGGAGAGCCGUUUGCAUUCAGUCCGGCGAAGCAGGAGCUGGUCGUCAUCACUGGGGCCAGCUCAGGGUUUGGAUAUGAGAUGGUGAAGGCGUUCGCGAAGGUUGCAAGAGUCGUUGCAUUUGAUGUGAAUGAUCUACCACCAGAUUUGGAGACACUCCCCGGAGUACACUUUUACCGCCUCGAUAUCUCGGAUUUCAACAAAGUCCAGGAGGUUUGUUGUGACGUAAGAAGAGUUCACGGCGACCCGACCGUUCUGAUCAACAAUGCUGGCAUUGCAAAUAAGAAGUCCAUACUCGUUACUUCAAAUGAGGAAACCGAGAGACUGUUUAAGAUUAACAUCAUAGCACAAUUCGCUCUAAUUCGCGAGUUUCUUCCAGGCAUGCUCCGUAUGCGCAAAGGUCACGUUGUCACUAUAGCUUCCAUGGCGUCGUUCUGGGUGUCUGAAGGCCUUGUCGAUUACUCUUGUACCAAAACCGGUGCUCUCUAUCUCAACGAUGGUCUCCGCGCAGAAUGUCUUCGCACCUAUGAGGGUGGCGAAGGCAUCUGCACAACUUCUGUACACCCUUCUUGGUACCAAACAGGCAUCUUAGCUGGCGUCGAAGAAGCCCUGGCUAAGCAGGGUAUCAAACCUCGUCCACCAGUCGAAGUUGCCGAUGCCGUCGUUGAGCAAGUAUUGAAGGCGAGGAGUGGACGCCUAGUUGUUCCAAGGAAAUCAGAGAUGUGGGCCGAUAUACGAUACUAUCCCAAGUGGGUGCAGGAUGCUGCAAGCGGACUCAUCUGGAGUAAGAAUAGGAGCAGGUUUCAAGCAGCGAGCGGGAUGGAUGGUGAGUCCGGAUGA